AUGGCGAAUAAUCGCGUACGUUCUUUGAUAGCGGCUAUCGUUUUUUUAAUUUUAUUAGCUUUAAUCAUCGUCGCAAUAUUUUACUUCGUUCGUCGUAAUCAGCAACCAACUAUUUCCGACAAGUCAUGUCCACGUCCGAAACAGUUUGCGACUGACUACGAUUUUGAUUACACGACAAGAUCGAAUGAAUUUCAAAAUCUCAAUAGUACAAUUAGCUAUUUUCGUCUCAGUUUAUCGUGGUCACCAUCCUUCUGCACAUACAGCAAACAAGGACCAAAUCUAUUUCAAUGUCAAAACAACUUUACCUAUAUCGUUCAUGGUCUAUGGCCAAACGCAUAUGGUCCACCUGGGGAAAAACGUUCAAUGCGUCAUCAUCCCAGAAAUUGCCGAAACGAACAAGCAAUGUCCACUGAUACAAUUCAUAAAUAUUUCUGUCUCAUGCCAUCAGAAUCAUUAAUGCAAGCGGAAUGGGAAAAACAUGGUACAUGCUAUUGGGACAGCCCGGAAGAUUAUUUCGAACAAAUCAAUGCUCUCUAUUCUAAUUUACAGUUACCGAAAAAUACGGAAGAGAUUUUAUCGAAUACAACAUUAACAAAAGCUCAACGACGUUCAGGCAUAUUUAACAGUUUCUUGGAUAUCAAUCCGCAAUUGGCCCGAGAUAACAUGCAAGUUAUUAUGAUUCAUAAAGGAAAAGAUUUGAAGGAAGUAGCGAUCUGCUAUGAUCUGAAUUUCAAUUACACAAAAUGCGGUUAA